CAGAGCAGUCAGGACUAAUCGCUCUAAUAUUUUGCGCCUGGUGUAUGUUUUUGCCGCCCUCGCGAAACGAACGCCGCUAUCAAUGCCACUGGAUUCAAAACAAACCAAUCAUCAACCUGCCACAUUACGCGGCCUUCGCAAAUGUUCCAGCUGUGGCGCCAUCAACGGCAGUCGGGCGCUGCUCUGCCGCAAUCCCGUCUGCCCACAAAAUAAAAAUUCCCUCGACGGCGUACAAUUGAUUUGCCAUCGCACUGGCUGUGCUAUUUACUCACUGCGUACCAAGGAAUCCAAGCAACAGGAUGCACAGCAAUCACGCAACUUCGUGUGCAUCGAGGAUGUCACACUAUCGUUGCAGCCCAAUGCUGCAGUUGUGUCCAGCAAAGCUAUUUGCCAUGUCGAUGCCUGCAAGAGCGAAAACAACAAUUGCAAGCACAUCAAAGCGUGUCGCGAGUGCAGCGAACAGAUGCCCAAGGCAACGGUUUAUAGUGUCAGCCGUGAAGUGCUCUGGAAUCUCAACAUUAGCCGCGAGCAGAAGCAGCAGCUCUGGCAGCAGUACAAAUCAGCGGAGGAGCAGGAGCAACUGCCUGCCGUGCAACGUCUGAAUGCCACAACAUUCGUUGUGCGUUGCGAGCGCUCGGAAUCGUUUCCUGCGGCGCACCUGCAUGUGACGGCGGUGACCAACGGUUUGUCCACCAAGAAGGGCAUCUAUGCCUGUGCCUGUCGCAAGCUGAAAAUCAUUGUGGAGCCGGACAAUUCGCUGGUGAUGCAGGAUGAGAUCUGUGAUCAUUUAUUGCUGGUGCUUGCGGGGAUUCUAAGUUCACCGCAGGGCAAAACGGUGUAUGGUAACUUUACGAAAAGUCUACAAUCAUUUUGGAUGCCCGCCAAGUUGGAGACGCCGUUGGGCGAGGUGUUAAUGCACGAUGAUUUGCGUCUGGGACUGAGCAUCAAUAUUGGCGGCGACAUGGAGCCGCCAGAUGACAUUUAUAUAUUUGACGAUGAAGUAACCAACGAUUUGCUGUCGCUGCCGAAAGAUCUCUCCGAUGUUGUCUACAAUGUGGAUGCAGCAACACCAACGCAAAACAGCGCCAGCAACAAUGCUGUGGUCCGCUACGCCAACGAUGCUCAGCUGCUGUCCAACUAUGACAUUUAUGCUGAGCAGCACAAUCAACAUCUCGAGUUAACCGACUGCAAUAUUGAGCUCAUGGAUCAAUAUCAACUAACCGAUCAAAUUGAUUUAUGCAGCGAUGACAUUGAGCUGCCGUUGAUCAGUGAACCCUUCAACAUUCUAGCACCGCCGCCAGCGCCCGCAAAUCAAUUGCCAGCCAUUGAAUUACCCACAAUAUCGGUGAUCAAGGAGACGGCCAUCAAGGCAUCUGAAAUUGUCAAGGAAGUCAAGACUCGCAAGCAGCCGCCAUUGCCUGCGAAGCGUACUUUAAUUGUAAAUGAAACAAACACAACAACUGUGGAAACUGUGGGCGUUGAGGUGCAGCCCGCAUUGGCCUACGAGGCGUGGCUGGAUUAUGUGAUAGAGCUGAUCAACGAUUCCAUUGAGCCUGUGGCGGAGCAGGCAGCUGUGAGCACACGUCCAGUGCAGCACAGCUUGCAUGUGCAUAAGGAAACCUUUUCGCACUUUAGCAAGAGCUUCAGUACGGGCAUCAAGCGGCGUCCACUGGACAAUGUCACGGUGAUAGCGAGUGGCAAGCACAAAGGACGCAGCAAGUACGUGUGGCACUUUAGAGCCUCGCAUACCGUCAAACGCAUCUUCAGCAGUCGCAAUCUUAGCCUCCAAUUACAGCGCUCCUUCGAACGUCAACCUGAUGGCCACUUUGAGCCUUAUGUGCGCCAAGCGCCGAUGCCGGCGACGUCCAAGCAACGUCAAGUCUAUACAAGACUUCGGCUCUAUAUGGUUAACAUACUCUUUGAUAGCGAGAAUUCCAAGAGUGGCUUGCUUUUGAGCUGGACGCCAGAUAUGCUGCCUCGCAGUCAAUUUGGUUUGCUGCAAAUUGAAUUUGUGCUGCAAACGAGUGGGCCAACUUAAAAUGUACCCAACAACGCAUUCAAAUGUGAGAAUCAAAUCUCUUUGACAUGGACAAAUCAAGGAACGUAUGUUAAGGAUUAAAGGUAAAAAGGGUUGAGAGAUGCAAUAAUACAUUAUAAUCAUAAUUCAGUAUACCUGCUUAAGAUAAAGUGUACAAAAAACCAGUCUUUAAAACAUUUUUGUUGUAUCAGUAAAUACAUAUACAUAUAUUAUAUUUACUUACAAAUGUGUAAAUCGAUUACUUUCUAUUCUGCUUAACUGUUUUUCUUUUCUUUCUAAAAACAGGGCACGAAACUGACUCAAGCAUAGAUUGUGGGUGCUAAAUACUGUACUGUGCUUUUUAUAACCCAAUCGAUCGAUCAUCGUAUUCAUAGCACCCUGCUCGUUAGCAUUUAAUACUAUAUUUAUACUUAUACCGAUUACUAAGAAAAACUUGUACAUGCACAAUCUGUUGAUUCUUAGAAUUAUAUUUAUAUAUAUAUAUAUAUAUGUAUGUAUAUAGCGAUGGCAAUUCAAGAGUGCAAAACUCAAUUGGAUGUUAAGUAAUUCUGUACAUGUUUUAGAU